AUGGCUUCCGAUUAUGAAGCAAUCUUUAAGGCUCUUCCAAACUCAGCUCGCAUGAAGUUAAAAAGUUUGAUUUCUAGUUUCAAAGAGGCAGGUGGUAAAGGUCUGGAGGAAUUUACUGCUAGUAUAAAGAACGAUCCGGAUAAACAAUCGAAUCUACCAAAGGAUGGCACCGUCCAUGAGCUUACUAGCAAUACGAUAAUAUUCAUGGAACAUCUCAUGGAAUAUUCAGAGAUUGCUGGGGAUAUGCUCAAUUAUCAGACGACGGAUUCUGCUGCACCAUUAUCUCAAGAGCUUGGGCACGGACAAUGCAAGACUAUUCUUGGAUCGUAUAUAGCCAGAGUUCUCGGAGCAUUAGGUCUUAAUUUAGAAAGGAAAGCCAAGUGUUACGAAAAUGUGGCUUUGCAAAGCAUAUUCUUGAUGAACAACUACCAUCAUAUAAUAAAAUCCUUAGAAAGAUCUGGUCUUAUUGAGUGGAUAAACGCAUUAGAUGGCGAAAUUACGCUUGAAGAACACUACAAAGCGCUCAUUGCUAAUCAACAACACAGUUAUCAGAAAUGUUGGAAUAAGAUUAUUCAAAAUCUAAUUGAAGAAAAUAAAUCUUACCAUAGCGGUUCGGAUGAUUCAAAGAUGAGUAGAGGAUCACGACAAAUAAUAAAAGAUCGUUUUAAGGCCUUUAAUACCGGUUUCGAAGAAGUUCAGAGGAUUCAGCAGCAUUAUUCAAUACCUGAUGAACAGUUGCGGAACAACAUAAGAAAGGAAAAUAUUGAUACUGUCGUACCAUUAUAUGAGGCAUUUCUCCAAAAGCACGGGAAUAGCCAGUUUACCAAGAAUCGCGACAAAUACGUAAAGUAUUCAGUACAAGAUUUGGUAAAUGCUCUUAGCACAUUUUUUGAUGUAUCUGCUUAA